AUGCCUCGCGCACACAAGACAUACGAUGCCAUCCCAAAGUUACCCAUCGAACAUCUACAGUUCCAAGUCGACGAGGGGUCGGAACCUAUACUCCUCCAGAUAUUUCAAGAAAGGGGAACGGAUCGAGAAUUAAUUUGUUGUGAUCUAUGCUACCAACACCUUCCUCUGACGAGCAAGAGAUCUCUUGUUACAUUGACAAAGCACAGGGGGAAGGGCGAAUGCACGAAAUUAAUUGAUAGGAAGGAAAAAGAGGCGACACGGGAAGAGGCUGUAGCGGAGGCGGAGAAGGUUUUUGCAGAAUUAUUUCCGACUCCAGGUAAGAGUCAGAGCCAAUGGAACCCACAUGAGAGUAGCCCCAACAUCGUCGAGAGUCCGGUGGAAGCCAAGGUGGAGCCAUGCGACCCCUCCGAUCUGCGUCAACCUGAUCCAGUGACACCGGAAAACGAUGCGCGCCCAUCAGAAUUUGAGUCAGGCGUCGUACAACCCGCUCAAGAUCCCAUCGACAACAUUUCAGAAUUAAGAGCACUCGUCGAGAAGGCUAAUUCGGAGCGGGAUGAAGGACUAGCUACGAUCAGGACGCUGGAGAGGUGGUACCGCCGGAGUUGUGAGAAGGAGAAGAAGGCGGAGGAUGCCAGGGAAGCAGCUGAGAGAGAUUUAUACCGGCUGCGCGUCGAGAUUACGCAUGAAUACCAAAAGAGGAUAAGUGCAGAAGCUGGGGUGUCGAACCUACGUGUCGACGUAGAGAGGUUACAAAGGGACUUGGCGGUCCAGAAAUCGGCUUAUGAGAAAACCACGAAGAUCAAGGAUAAAGAAAUCAAAGGUCAAUUCAACUUCGUAAAUACCAGGGCCUCGCGACCACUCACAAUCUUUUAUUUGACAGAACUGGAAGAAAAUCUUGCCUCCAUUGAAGAUAAAAAUAUGCUGUUUUGCCAAUUACGCGUCGACGCCGAGGUCGACAAACUAGAAGAACUUCUGGCUUCUGAGCACUUGAAGGACUCCGAUCAGAAGGUUCGAUUGAUGCUUGAAGAAAGCCACCGCGGUCUGCGGCAAAUCGUGCGCGAGUGCAAGGCGGCACGACCUCCACGAUCAAAUAUCAUUCAAAGGAUCCUGCCUAUAACGAAGCGGGAAAUAAGUGUGGACGAGGAGGACGAAGAAGGGCCUACGAAGGGCGCUAAGGCUGCGCGCGUUGCGUAA